AUGCAGGGAGCUAAAACUGAGUUUGAAGGAUGCAUAACGCAUGGACCAUGGGGCGGUUCACACGGGAAAGAAUGGGUUUACAGACCGGACGGUUUUAUAAGAAAGAUAAGUGUUAGUCAUGGAGGUGUUGUUGACUCCAUCAAAUUCCAAACCUACUGGAAAGGUGGAACUCAAAGCUCCUUUUUUGGGGGCAACGGGGGGAAUCGAACAGACACGAUAUGCAUUGAUCAUCCGGAUGAAUAUUUGAUGUCAAUAAGUGGGACGGUAUUUUUUAGCGUUGUGACAUCGAUAAGCUUUGUGACAAACCAGAACCGUUAUGGCCCCUAUGGUAUUAGUUUCGGCACUGCUUUCUCAUAUGAUGGAAAAGGCGGGGUGAUUGUAGGAUUUCAUGGGCGCGCCGACAAAUACCUCACUGCUAUUGGGGUUUAUGUGAUGCCUGAAUCACUUGCAUAUGGUCUCAAUUCCACAUAUGAAGUCAAUUUUAUGCCGGCGUUAUGCUCUAGUAUGUUAAGAAUGUCAAAGCCGAGAGAUGCAGGCCCAUGGGGAGCAGGUGGAGGUAAACCAUGGGAUGAUGGAGUCUUCCCCAUUAUCAAACAGAUACGCAUUCAUGCAGGAGAGCUGAAGGUGAUUUACGCGCUUCAGUUUGAAUAUUUGGGAAAGGAUGGUGAAUCUGUUUUGUCGCAAGUCCAUGGAGCAGCAGAUGGAGUUACAAAUAUACAACUGGUUAAUUUGGAUGGUAAAGACGAGUAUUUGAGUGGCAUAUCUGGGUUGUAUGGACCUGUUGCAGGGUAUAAUGGAUUGGAAGCUAUCGUGUCCAUUAGUUUCUAUACAAACAAGAGGAUCCUUGGACCUUAUGGAGAUCCAACUGGAGCAGGGUAUGCUAAUUUUAGUUCAACACCAUAUUCUCCUGGGAAAGUAGUUGGUUUUCAUGGCAGGAUCAAUAAUGGGUUUUUAAGUGCGGUCGGUGUUCAUAUGGAGUACUUCUGAAGAUGAUGACAUAGAGGCAGUGUGGACCUUUUUUCUAAGAACUCCAUGAUGUCAAGAAGUCGUUGGAAUAUGCAAUGAACAUAGUUUAUAUUUUUGUCUGAUUAUUAUGCAAAUUUUCGCUUGUUGAACUUUUGGUAUGCGUUGGGG